CGGGAAUAUUUUGCUAUAACUAAACAUGGCGGACAUUUUAGACGUGGAGCACCAUCAAGUUUUUGAGGAAUACAAGCAGACCUUAGAGGAAUUGCUGCCAAUUAUCGAUGCCAACAAAGAUGGCUUCAUUGACUUGAGCGAACUGAAGGAGGCACUAGAUCAGGUCGGUUUCAAAUUGCCUGGCUACCAGGUGCGUGAAAUGAUCGAUGAGUUCCAAAAUAAGCAACGCACAUCGCAUCAGGGUAAACUCAAUAUCGAAGAAUUUGAAAACCUCUGUCUCGACCUCAAAUCCAAAGAUGUGGCGAGCACUUUCAAAACCGUCGUUUCAAAGAAAGAGAACCUCGAAACAUUGGGUGGCAUGUCAAGUAUAUCCUCUGAGGGCACCACACAUUCAGUACGUCUGGAAGAGCAAUUGGCCUUUUCCGAUUGGAUAAAUUCGAAUUUAGGUCACGAUCAAGAUCUAAAACAUCUGCUCCCAAUCGACGCUGAGGGAAAGCACCUUUAUCAUGCGAUCAAGGAUGGCAUCUUACUCUGCAAGAUCAUCAAUCACUCCUGCCCGGACACUAUCGAUGAACGUGCCAUCAAUAAGAAGAAUUUAACUGUCUAUAGAGAGUUUGAGAACUUGACGCUGGCGCUCGUUUCAUCACAAGCAAUUGGUUGCAAUAUCGUCAACAUCGAUGCACACGAUCUGGCCAAGGGCAAACCACAUUUGGUCUUGGGUUUGCUGUGGCAAAUUAUACGCAUUGGUCUCUUCAGCCACAUUACACUCGACAGCUGCCCUGGCUUGGCUGGUCUACUGUUCGAUAAUGAACGCUUGGAGGAUUUGAUGAAGCUGUCGCCUGAAGCCAUACUGCUGCGUUGGGUUAAUCAUCACUUGGAACGUGCUGGCAUUUCACGUCGUUGCACCAACUUCCAAUCAGAUAUUGUUGACUCGGAGAUUUAUUCCCAUUUGCUGAAGCAGAUUGCUGGCAAUGAUGCAGAUGUGAAUUUAGAUGCCUUGCGUGAGUCUGAUCUGACGUCGCGUGCGGAGAUAAUGUUGCAACAGGCGGCCAAAUUAAACUGUCGCAGCUUCUUGACACCGCAGGACGUUGUCAAUGGGGUCUACAAGUUGAAUUUGGCCUUCGUUGCGAACCUGUUCAACAACCAUCCAGGACUGGACAGACCCGAACAAAUCGAUGGGCUGGAGUCCAUCGAAGAGACACGCGAGGAGAAAACUUACAGAAACUGGAUGAAUUCCAUGGGCGUUUCACCACACGUCAACUGGUUGUACUCGGAUCUUGCUGACGGUCUGGUUAUCUUCCAGCUGUUCGAUAUCAUCAAGCCAGGUAUUGUGAAUUGGCCACGUGUACACAAGCGUUUUACGCCGCUGCGAAAAUUCAUGGAAAAAUUGGAGAAUUGCAAUUAUGCUGUAGACUUGGGCAAACAGCUCAAAUUUUCACUGGUCGGUAUUGCCGGACAGGAUUUGAAUGAUGGAAACGCUACUUUAACUUUGGCCUUGAUUUGGCAACUCAUGCGCGCCUACACUUUGUCAAUGCUAUCGCGUCUGGCUAACUCGGGCAACCCCAUAAUCGAGAAGGAAAUUGUACAGUGGGUCAAUAGCAAAUUGUCUGCUGCCGGCAAGACGUCUAGCUUAAAGAACUUCAACGACUCAGCUAUUGCCGAUGGUAAAAUUGUAAUCGAUUUGAUUGAUUCCAUUAAGGAGGGCAGCAUAAACUAUGAAUUGGUGCGAACCGGUGGAACCGAAGAGGACAAUUUGGCCAAUGCUAAAUAUGCAAUUUCCAUGGCGCGUAAGAUCGGUGCACGCGUUUACGCUCUACCCGAAGAUAUAACGGAAGUGAAACCCAAAAUGGUGAUGACAGUCUUCGCCUGCAUGAUGGCGUUGGACUAUAUUCCCAACAUGGAUAGCGUGCCAAAUCAGAAUCAAGAACCAAUUGCUGUGGUGAAUGAUGUUACCAUCAACAACACAAAUAGCCACAACAAUAGUAACAGUAACAACAUUAACAAUACAAACAGUAACUAAUGAUCAAUAAUCGGGCGGCCACCAUUUCUAUAUACUUUAAAUAGGAAGAGUAAAAUUGUAAACAUAUACAUAUAAAUAUAUAAAAUAAGCAUCUGUAAGCAGCAACCAAUAAUGCAAAAAAGAAUGAUUGAAUUAAGAAAAUUAUUAAAGAAAAGCAACUAUUCUUCAGCAAUAAUAAGAAUGACCGUUAACGGCUGGAACUACAA